CGGUGGGCCGAGGUGAGUGGCCGCCAGGGGUCCCGCCGCCGGGGGUCUCGCCGCUCAAGGCCUGGGCCGGAUCCAGCCCCGCGUCUCCCCGGGAGACCGACCCCCGCCGCGCAGGAUAAAUACCUGGGAGUGGCUUUUCUGGGGCAGCAGGAAUUUUGAACUGCCGUGGAGGUGGCUGCAGUCUGCUCCCCCCGGCCCAGGACAUGGCGGCUGUCAGGCCCGGCCUGGGCCGGAUCGUGCCCGGGUCGUCUGUCCUGUUCCUGUGCGACAUGCAGGAGAAGUUCCGCCACAGCGUCGCAUACUUCCCCCAGAUCGUCAGCGUGGCCGCCCGCAUGCUCAAGGUGGCCCGGCUGCUGGCGGUGCCGGCCCUGCUGACAGAGCAGUACCCCCAGGGCCUGGGCCCCACGGUGCCCGAGCUGGGGGCCGAGGGUCUGCGGCCCGUGCCCAAGACGUGCUUCAGCAUGGUGCCCGCCCUGCGGGAGGAGCUGGACGCCCGGCCCCAGCUGCGCUCCGUGCUGCUCUGCGGCAUCGAGGCACAGGCCUGCAUCUUGAACACAACCCUGGAUCUCCUGGACCGGGGCCUGCAGGUCCACGUGGUGGUGGAUGCCUGCUCCUCCCGCAGCCAGGUGGACCGGCUGGUGGCCCUCUCGCGCAUGCGGCAGAGUGGUGCCUUCCUGUCCACCAGCGAAGGGCUCAUCCUGCAGCUCGUGGAGGACGCUGCCCACCCCCAGUUCAAGGAGGUCCAGAAGGUCAUCAAGGAGCCCGCUCCGGACAGCGGGCUGCUGGGCCUCGUCCAAGGCCAGAACCCCCUCUUCAGGUGACCUCGCGGCCCUGCCUUGCGGGGAGACCGCUCUCCUGUCACCCGGACCUCGGCGGAGGAGCCUCCCCCGUCCCGGCCUCCCGGGAGUGGUGCAGUCCACCCGGAGCACCGCCCCUCGGGGGGAAGGCGGGGCGCUCCCCUGCGG